AUAAUGCAAACUUUAGAAUAUCUCUCUUUAUUGAAUCGUGCACAAUUCCCCUAUUUUCUCUUUAAGUCACUCUGCUUUCCAACGUAAACAAAAAAAGAAAUUGAUAAAGCUUCUUCUCUCUCUGCAUUUACCGAAAGAACUCAAACAAUUCUCUCAUUCCUCUCUCUCAAUCGCUCUCUCCUCACGACAACACAAUAACAAACGUUCAAGCAUAUGUUUCUUUUGCUAUCUGCCAUGCUAACAAACAACGAUCUGACAAUAUACCCUCACCCCAUACGAAAACCCUAAGCCCCAAAUUCACUUAUCAAUCAAGAUGAUUACAGAUUUAUUGUAGCCUGCUUCUGGUACACAGGGUUAAUUUGAUUUUGGAUUAAAGAGAUGCAGUGGCGGUUCCGUAGAUGGAUGAAAGUGCGUGAGUGGCCAAAGAUCGUUGCUGGACCGAGAUGGAAAACAUUCAUUCGACAAUUCAAUAGCAUUAAGAGUCGUAACAUGAAUGUUAAACAAGGAAAGAAAAUGGGUUCCUAAACAAUUGAUUGGAUAUGGUGGGAUGUCGUCUUCACAUUCAGCUAUUGUUACUGCUGUUGCUACGACGGUUGGAUUUCAAGAAGGAUUUCGUGGAUCGCUUUUCGCUACUGCGUUGGUUCUAGCUAUCAUUGUUCUUAACCAAAUUGUAAUUGAACUUUCUCCUGAACAUCCUCUGACUGACAGCAGACCUCUUCUGGAACUUCUUGGGCAUACCCCGCCUCAGGUUCAAUAGUUUGGAUUUGAUUGCUUUCUAAUUUCUGUGAUUAUGGAUUCAAUUUUAGAAUAGAGAAUUUAAUGGAUAUUUGGUUGUUUUUGCACUUGAAAGAAUUCUUCAGCAACCUAAAGUAUAGGGAUUUUGAUGUUUGUCGAGUGUUUACACUAAAUAUAGUUGAUGAGCAUUGCUACUGAUUGUGUAUAGUAGGUGACGAUUAUGUUGUGCAAAAUCGUGUUUUAUGAAUAUUUAAAUCUAUGACAGUAUGUUUUAUUUUCUUAGUAUUAUAUAU